AUGCAAUAUCCUCCUGUUGAUCAAUUUCAAAAUCGUGCUGCUUUAAUUAAGCAUGUACGAAGUUUUGGUGCUUCACAUGGUUACGGCAUCUCUAUCACAAGAUCAAAGCCAAAUAAAGUAUACCUAGGUUGUGAUAGAAGUAGAAGUUAUAGAAACUGCUUAGAUCUUACAGAUGAAACACGUAAAAGACAAACAGGUUCUAGACUAAUAGGCUGUCCUUUCUCACUUCAUGGAACUAAAGAAAAAAAUAAUAUAUGGACUUUAUCUAUUCAAGAUUCAACUCAUAAUCAUGUACUAUCAAAAAAUACAUCUUCUCACCCAUCCUUAAGAAGACUAGAUGAACCAGCACAAAAUCAAUUAAAUGAAAUGACAAAAGCUGGAGUUAG